AAAAACGGGUUAAAUAUCUAAACUCAAAGUUGGUCAUACAAAAAACACUUUCUCAGUUUCUCUUUUUUUUGUAAGAAGGCUGCAUUCUGCAACACCAAUCUAGGAACCAGUCGCUAAAACCUUACAACUACUCCAAAUCUUUCCUGUCAAUCAGUCUACAUUCCUGUGACCUGCAACUGGCUAGUAUGUAGAUAUUGCCUUUGUUUGACGUGAAACUGUAUAUUCUAAGGGUUGGGACCUGUAACAAGAUAUUGCCCCAGUUUGCGUAGUUGAUGGUUGAGAAAGUUAGGAUGCCUUGAUAACAUUGAUGUCUACUACAAAACCAUAGAAGAGUGAAACAGUUCACUACUUCACUAAUUUUUGAUUUCACGUCUGAAUGGUUGCCCUGUAAUCAGUCUCAACAAGUUUUACAUACAGAGAAACUGAGUUUAGAAGCAGACAAAGGAUGCUUCAUCUAAACACAACACAAUCAUAAGACAAUGGAGCUGUGGAUAAGUAGUAACCUUGUUAUCAGUCUCUGCAUGUUUCACAUAUAGAAAUUCUGAGCCGUGGGAGGCAGACGCAAGGGAACCCUACUAAAUACGGGAUAGUAGUGACACAAUGGAGAUUUCUGAUGUUAAUAAUAGUAGCAAAACCCUAAAUGAUGUCAUGAAUCGUCGGCUGAAGAACAGAGAACGACAGCGUAGAUACAGGGAACGAAAACGUCUCCAAGGAAAUGCCAGGAAUGGGCAUGUCACUGACCAGUCAUCCCAGAUGCAAAUUGUAUCGCUGCCAGAUGCAAAUGGGCAUGACAGGAAUGGGAAUGUGGAACAAGUUGUAACCCGUGUUCAUUGCAGACGAGAUUGGAAAAAGGACGCAAGGAGAGUCCAUGUUGCCAUACCAGAAGCCAUAUUCAAUGGACUUCUUCCCAAUGGUCAGUCUUUAGCCACUGAAAAUAACAUGCCACAUGCUCCUUUGGGAAUGCGGGAAUCAGAACAAGCUCUAAAAAGCGAAGAUUCUUCAGAAAGCUAUCUUAAUAGAAGUAGACCCGGAAGAAGAGAUUGGAAAGCAGAGGCAAGAAAUAAGAAAUAGGUAGAUCCUCCUUGCAAAAAGCCAAAAAGUAACCCUUGUGUUUCAGGUGCACUGAGAUGGCAAUAAUAUUGUUUUAAUUUUCA